AUGAGGGCCUUCAAGAGAGUGCCGUUGCCGCGAUUCAAAUCCACAGCCAUUCUUGAACGGUUUCCGGAUCUCAGGAAGGAUGAUAUCCUUCCCAACGGCCGGCCCGACUAUGUCAAGCUUAUCCUCACGUCGAAGGUGUACGAUGCUAUAUCCGAGUCUCCAAUCUCACCUGCUCCGGCACUUUCUUCUAGACUGGGAGUUGAUGUGGUCCUCAAGCGUGAGGAUCUUCUCCCAGUUUUCUCCUUCAAGCUGCGUGGAGCAUAUAACAUGAUCUCGCAACUGUCGCCCGAACGUAAGGCACAGGGUGUUAUUGCAUGCUCAGCUGGAAACCACGCACAGGGCGUGGCUUUUUCGGCAAAAAAGCUGGGAAUUCCAGCCACAAUUGUGAUGCCCCUAGCAACUCCCAGUAUCAAGUACAAUAAUGUGGCGCGUUUCGGUGCGAAGGUGGUGCUUUCGGGUCAGGACUUUGACGGGGCCAAGGCUAAAUGUGCUGAGAUCUGUGAAAGAGAGGGAAUGACGGACGUUCCACCCUUCGAACACCCAUACGUUAUUGCAGGCCAGGGUACAAUUGCAGUGGAGCUUUUGCGCCAGAUCAGUAGCGACAAAAUCCGCGCUGUGUUCUGUGCCGUUGGUGGUGGAGGACUUAUUGCCGGAGUUGGAUCGUAUCUUAAAAGACUCGCUCCACACGUGAAGGUGAUUGGUGUUGAGACGUACGACGCAUGUGGUAUGUACGAGAGUCUCAAGGUUGGUCAUCCUGUGACACUGGACUCGGUUGGACUUUUUGCAGACGGAACAGCAGUCAAGACUGUUGGGUCUGAGACCUUCACCGUAGCCCAGGACUGUGUCGAUGAAAUCGUGCGGGUAUCCACCGAUGAAAUUUGUGCUGCAAUUAAGGAUAUCUUUGAAGAUACACGUGCCAUUCUAGAGCCUUCUGGAGCGGUUACCGUUGCUGGGCUGAAGAAAUAUUUGCAAGAACAUCCCCACGAGAAUGGCACAUACGUACCAGUACUAUCCGGGGCGAACAUGAACUUUGACCGGUUGCGUUUCGUGUCUGAACGUGCAGUUCUGGGUGAAGGUAAAGAGGCGUUUUUGUGUGUUCAAAUCCCAGAUGUCCCCGGCACUUUUCUCAAGCUCCAAAAGAUCAUCCACCCUCGUUCCGUGACGGAGUUCUCUUACAGACUGGAUGGCUCUAAUGGAGGUGUGGCUAACGUGUACACCUCUUUUAACGUGAAUAGGGGUAAAGAGGAGCUGAACGAGGUAUGUACUGAGCUCAAAAAGGCUGGUUUCAACGCGCUAGACAUAAGUGAUAACGAGAUGGCCAAGAGUCAUGGCCGUUACCUCGUUGGGGGGUCUGUUGCCGAUGCCGACGAGCGGGUAUUCUCGUUUGAGUUCCCAGAGAGACCAGGAGCUCUGACAAACUUCCUGGAGGGACUGCGUAGCAACUGGAACCUGACUCUGUUCCAUUACCGUAACCAGGGCCAUGACAUUGGAAAGGUGUUAGCCGGUAUUUCUGUGCCUAAGGAGGACUAUGAAAAGUUCGACCAGUUUCUCGAGAACUUGCACUACUCAUACCAGGAGGAGACUGACAAUGAUGUCUACAAGUUAUUCCUGAAGAAGUAG